GCCAUGCCGGCCGCGGAGGAGCCGUCGAGCGGCCUGGAGGGCGGCGAGCCGCAGUACCUGCAGCAGCUCCGGCACAUCCUGCAGCACGGCCACCGAAAGGAGGACCGCACGGGCACCGGCACCAUCUCCGUCUUCGGCAUGCAGGCGCGGUACAGUCUGAGAGAUCAGUUCCCACUGCUGACAACAAAGAGAGUGUUCUGGAAAGGAGUGCUGGAGGAGCUGCUGUGGUUUAUCAAGGGUUCUACAAAUGCCAAAGAGCUCUCUGCAAAAGGUGUGAAGAUUUGGGAUGCCAAUGGAUCACGUGAGUUCCUGGAUAAGCAGGGGUUUUGCACCAGAGAAGAGGGGGACUUGGGACCAGUUUAUGGUUUCCAGUGGAGGCACUUUGGAGCAGAAUACAAAGACAUGCACGCAGAUUAUUCCAACCAAGGAGUUGAUCAGUUACAAAAAGUGAUUGAGAUGAUCAAAACCAAUCCAGAUGACAGAAGAAUCAUCAUGUGUGCUUGGAAUCCCAAAGAUAUUUCUCUGAUGGCCUUGCCACCUUGCCAUGCUCUUUGCCAGUUCUAUGUUCUAAAUGGCGAACUGUCUUGCCAACUGUACCAGAGGUCUGGAGAUAUGGGACUAGGAGUGCCUUUCAAUAUUGCCAGCUAUUCACUGCUCACAUACAUGAUAGCCCAUGUCACAGGGCUGAAGCCUGGAGAAUUCAUACACACCUUAGGAGAUGCUCACAUAUAUCUGAAUCACGUGGAGCCUCUAAAAGUUCAACUUCAAAGGGAGCCCAGACCUUUACCUAAACUCAAAAUCCUUCGUAAGGUUGAAGACAUCAGUGACUUUAAGGCAGAAGACUUUCAGAUUGAAGAUUAUAACCCUCAUCCACCUAUUAAGAUGGAGAUGGCUGUUUAAUGCUAUUAAACAUCUUCUAUUAAUAUGGAAAUCUACUUAAGCUACUUUGCUUCCUUUGUACUUAAAUUUACAGGGUUUUUUAAAUAUAAUUCUAAAGGCAUAUGGUUUAGUAUUGAAAAAUAGACCAAUGUUUCCUUCAUUACUAAGUUGUGAGAACAAAUAUGUAGGCAUGGAAUUUACUGCUGUUUUUUCUAUCUGCUAUGAAGCAGAGUAGAAUUCCUGGCUUCUGCAUAUCAAACAAUGAAUUUGGAUUAUUUAUUCCUCUCUAAAUAACGCAUUUAGUAUGCAAGUGUUGUUUGUGAGAUACUUUUCUACUGGUUAUUUCAUUUGACUGUGGCUGUUUCAGUUACUAUUCAGCUAUUAUUUCUGAGUUGUAUUUGCUUACGUGCUUUAUUUAGGACCGAAAAAAAGAGCCUUUAUGUACAACAGAAGAUUC